GAGAGAGAGAGAGCGAGGGAGGGAGGAAAAAGGGGAGGAGAGCACAAAAGAGAAGUACAGACAGAUUGAGAGAGGAAGGGAGAAAGUCAGCUACAAAGCCAGAGGAACAGGAGGGAAUUUGGCCGGCAACAAACUUCCAAUUCUUCCUCUAUCAUCCAUUUCAUUGUCCUGUGCUCCUGUGCUCCCCUGGACCUGGCAGAACAGCGGCGUCUGGUCAGCCACAGGGAAGCCGGUGGAUGUUUUUUAAGAGCACACUUCUCUGACUCUCAGAAGAGGAUGAGUGCUUGAGGACAAGCUGGAGAGGCUGACGUUAUUCCAGAGGUACAUUCACUUACCCAGGAGAGACAGACAGCGUCUACUCCAUCCUCAGGAGCGAAUGAGAGGAGAGGGUCUGUAACGCUGGAGCUCAAGGACAAACCAUGGACUCUGCACACCUCCCACUUCACCUGGACGUCCAACAUGUUCCCUGCUAGCCUACUGGUUCUGAUGAUCCUGCUGCUACCUCAUGUCUCAUCAGGUCAACAGGAGGGUCCCAGUCAGAAACAUGAAAGCCUUGGUAGUCCUCUGGAACCUAGCUUGGCCCAUACCAUUCAAAACCUCCUGCUGACCCGCUUGGGUCUACAGUCACACUCCAACCCCAGUACAGAGGCACAGGUGCCCCAGUAUCUUCUAGACCUGUAUCGGUUCCACACUCAACAGUACCAUCUCGUUGAAGACCCAGAGUUUAGCUUCCCAUCCCAGCAUGUGCAAGGAGCCAACACAAUCCGAUGCUUUCACCACACAGAUUCUACAGUCCUGAGUGUUCCAGAAGAGCAGAAAACGACAGGGGACAGCAUUCACAUUGGCUUCAAUCUGUCCUCCAUUCCGUUAGAAGAGAGUGUGGUGUCGGCAGAGCUCCGUUUCCUGCACGAAGGAUCAAGUAAAGACUCAACUCACGUGGUCAGCCUUUAUCUUUCCAACAACGACCCUGCAUCAAAGCCCACACUGAUCCAUUCUCGCCGACUUACUAGAGAUCAAAAGACGGCAGAACUCUGGGAAACCUUUCCCUUGGAUGGAGAAGUGUUUCAGAAUCUAUCUGAGAGGUCAGGGAGCCUGUCUUUCAUUCUGGACAUUAUUGCUGACAAUAACAGCAGCCUUUACAAAGAGAGACAUCUGCGGGUUCGCAGGUCCACUGGGCAAGAUGAGCACAGCUGGGCAAAGCAGAGGCCGUUGCUGGUAACUUACAGUCACGAUGGCCGCAGCGAGCCAUUUAUGCCCCUUAAAAAGCAGACCCCUGCUGGCAGACGAGGCAGGGGCAGAUGGACCAGAGGCAGGUUUAAGGGUGAUAGGGGUCAGGGCUCUGACACAGGUUGGCGGGUGGGAUGGAAUGAAAGGCGGGUGAAACGACAUGGUGGGAGGGCUGCCAAGCUCAAACGGCUCUCCCGUUCUCGCUGCCGUCGACACCCGCUGUAUGUGGACUUCAAAGAUGUAGGCUGGAAUAAAUGGAUCGUGGCCCCAUCCGGUUACGAUGCUUUCUUUUGCCUCGGAGAGUGCCGCUUCCCACUGGCUGACCAUAUGAAUUCAUCUAGCCAUGCUAUGGUGCAAACGCUGGUCAACUCCGUAAACGGGGCUGUCCCGCGGGCCUGCUGUGUGCCAACGGCCCUUAGCCCCAUCGCCCUCCUUUACCUGGACCAGGAGGAACGUGUGGUUCUGAAAAACUAUCAAGACAUGGUGGUGGAGGGCUGCGGCUGUCGAUAGCAAAAUUCUCAUGGAAUAGAUAGGAAGGGUGGACUUGAAAAAUAGGACUGAAAGCAAGUUCAAAAAGAAAGCAUGGUAAAACUGUCAUACUAAAAACAUAAGCACCUACUUAUAGUCCUCUGGAACCCAGCUUUGACUUCUUGUGUCCAAUGAAGCAUUGUGUUUGUGUGAACAAUGACCCUUAGAAGCACUCAGUCCCAACGUGAUGUGUCUGUCUUAUGUAUGUAGUACACUCCAGCUUUCGGUCUUGUAGGUGUCCAGUAGCGACAGUAUGUUAUUGUUGUUGUGUCCUUCCUGCUCCUGUUUUGUGCGUCUUUCCCUCAUAAUCAUUAAGUCAUUGACAACUCAAAGGGACCAAGAAGUGACCGUGGACUUAUUGAGCAUUUGGCGCUGGGCAGACUUAAACCUGAGGAGAGACAAUAAGAAAACUGAAAGAAACUUCAAAGUGUGCACUGUGACAGAGACUAUAACUGAUUACAGGGCACUUCUCCUUGUGAGCUAUUUAAAAAUCACGACACCAAGAAAUUAUGAUGUUAUUGUAUGAAUGUGUUAGUGCUAUUAUUUAUGGUGACCUGUUAUUUUUUUUUUAUGUAUGGUGCAGCCCAAAGAAAAGUUUAAUAUACAAAUACUUCUGUGGUAGUAAAGUAAAUCUAAUUUAA